AUGGGUUUAUACAUUGAUGCUGAAUCCGCUUUUGACUACCUCCUAAAAAGAAGUGAUAUUGAUCCGUCAAAAAUUAUCCUCUUUGGGAGAUCUCUAGGAGGCGCUGUUGCAAUCAAUGUGGCAUCCUCUCCCAAGUACAGAGACAAACUAUGUGCUCUCAUUGUUGAAAAUACAUUUACAAGUAUACCAGAUGUAGCAAAAGUUCUUUUCCGGAUUCCAAUUCUGAAGUGGAUUCCUCUUUGGUGUCAUAAAAAUAAGUAUACCAACAUUAGAAAAAUCCACCGUGUGAAAGCACCGACGCUGUUUUUGUCAGGAAUGCGAGACGAACUUAUACCACCAAGAAUGAUGCAGUUACUUUUCCAGACUUCAAUUUCUGUGAUGAAGAGACUAGCCAAAUUUGAAAAUGGAACACACAAUGAAACAUGGCAGAGUGAAGGGUAUUUUGAGACAAUAUGUCAGUUUAUUAUCGAGGUCACCAAAUCUCGACAUGGACCUCGGUUGAAUUCAGGACACACAGUAGAUUCCUCAGUGAUAAUAGAAACCAAUGCAUUUCAAGAUAUCUAGAUAGUUCUGGAUUCGGCACCUGAGCGAAAAUUACCCAGUCUUUGACGAAGUAGCUAUUACCACCUUGCAUGUGUGGAUCAUUAUUUCCUUUUCAAAUUAUCUCAACUGUAAUUCUUUCUGUAUAUGAUUUUGGGGUUUUACAGUUGCUCGGUGUUGAGUGAUUUCAGCUUCUGUGACUAGGGAUAUCUGGCUCUAUGUCAGAUUAAAUUUACUGGCUACCGGUUGACUUGUGGACUGUCAUAUUCCAGGGUCUCACCUUUGAUGUAUAUUUGUAAGUUUGUUUCUGAACAACUCUGAGG